GUUUUCUUUGAACAGUUGCUGAAAUAGGUCUACAAGUUCCUCAUAAUUUUGAUUUAGUUGGCACUCCUACAAAAGAGAUAUGAAGUGCCUGGCUUUAAUGGUUUUUUUGUGCCUUUUGGCUAUACUAUUUUCGGGAGCCACGGAGGCCAGCUAUUGUCCCUGCAAUCUUCUCAAGGCGGAGGUGUGCGGCUCCAAUGGUGUAACAUACAAAAACCGGUGUUUUUUUGAAUGCACGCAGCGGGUAUACAGGAAGCUCGGACGGAUUCUGAACGUCCGUAAGGUGGGAUCUUGCCAAGCUAAUCGCUAUUUUUAACCAACUUAAUUAUGUGCAAUAAUAAAAAAAACUGCUGACUUGACAAUGGUUUUGUAUUGUUGCUUAAAUCACAUUUGCCAGGCAAAGAUUUCAAGGCUGAAGAUUUCAAAUUGUUGAGUUGAAGUGUAAGCAAGGUGACUGAAUCUCAUGUUAUUGUUCUGUAUACUCUGCGUAUUAAAGAAGCGAUGAAUCCCUAUACAUUCAAGUGAACGCGAAAAGUAAAUAAAUGCGAUUAUUAAUACUUACAGAUUCUUAAUGUAUAUAGUUUUUAAGCAAAAGAAUUGUCUUAAAAAUCGGAAAAAAUAAAAUAUAAAUAGUA